GAGGACGUCAAGAUGCUGACGUCUCCAUACGGGUCGGUGCAGGACGUGAAGAUGCACUCGCAAGACAACAACCGAGGUGCCUUCAUAACGUUCGCAACGGCUCCAACAGCCACUCAGGCGCGCGCUCAGUUGGAUGGCCUGUCCUUGAUGGGCGCGCGGCUGCACUGCGUCAUGCAG